AUGGUGUGGCAGCAGGCAGGAAGCUCGGAGGAUGAGGAGGAGGAGGCAGACCGCGAGCUGGUGGAGAAGCUGCAGCUGAUCGAGAGCCUGAGCCGCAAGCUAGCAGUGCUGCGGGAGGCACAGCGGGGGCUGCAGGAGGACAUCAGCGCCAAUGGGGCGCUGGGCGAGGAUGUGGCUGCCCGCCUGCAAGCCCUCUGCACCCCAGGGGAGUUCGACAAGUAUCGCCUCUUCGUGGGCGACCUGGACAAGGUGGUCAACCUCCUGCUCUCCCUCUCGGGGCGCCUGGCCCGGGUGGAGACCGCCCUGGGCAGCCUGGGGCCGCACGCCCCCGCCGAGGACAAGGUGGCCCUGCGGGAGAAGCAGCGGCUGCUGGCGGCACAGCUGGAGGACGCCAAGGAGCUGAAGGAGCACGUGGGGCGGCGGGAGGAGGCAGUGGGUGCCAUGGUGGCGCGGUACCUGCCUGCCGAGCACCUCCAGGACUACCAGCACUUCGUCAAGAUGAAGUCAGCCCUCAUCACUGAGCAGCGGGAGCUGGAGGAGAAGAUCAAGCUGGGCCAGGAGCAGCUCCGCUGCCUGCGCGAGAGCCUCGGCCAGGCCCCCAAGGGCUGCUAGCCCCCUGCCCAGCCUCCCCUGGAACCCUGGCUGUGGCCCCGGCUUGCUGCCAAAGCGGAUCUGGCCCCUCGGGGGCUCUCCCUGCGUCUGUCCGUC